AUGCCUCUGCCCCGCCGCGCCGCCACCGUGAGGGUCCAGCUGCCCGGCCGCCGCCAGAUCCGCCGCGCCGGGGGCGGCCAGGGCCAGGGCCAGCAGCAGCCGGAGCCGGAGCCGGAGGUGCAUAACCCGCCGACACCAGCACCAGCACCAGCACCGGCACCGGCGCCGGCGCCGCCGCAGCCGCCGCAGGGGGAGCCGAGGUACCGGGCGCCGAUGGUGCGCGUGCGUCAGCUCCCCAACGAGGAGCACGUGCCGGACUCCUACGGCGCGGCGCCCGACGAGCUCGGGAUCGCGCCGGAGGUGUACCAGGCGCUGGAGUGCCACCUGCCGAGCGGCCUCGUCGGCGCCCCCGCCGAGGUGAAGCGCUACUUCAUGCGCAGCAUCCUCCAGAAUUACGUGCCCUCGCCGGCGCAGAGGACCAGGACACAGAAUCAGAGAGAGUACAGGGAAAGGAUCCUGUCAGCAUAUCAGCCUCUACAUCAGGAGCUUUACACAGAUGAUCCAUCAAUUUUCCUCACACCAACAUUUCUUCAAGCCAUAACUGUCAACACUGAAGAAAGCAUCACGAGCUUGAUGAUGGAGGUUUCACCGGGGGUGUAUGCAUUUCAUAUGCUGAAACCCUCAUUUUGCGAGAUGUUAAUGGCAGAGGCCAACCAUUUUUUUACGUGGGCACGAACAGCGGAUCAAAGGAUAAUGAGCCCAAUAACCCUAGAUAUGCCAGCUGCAGGCAGAGGCGCUUGCCUUUUUGAUUUUGGUUUGCAAGGAAUGUUAGACAACCUCAUGAAGAAUUUCAUCUCACCCAUUGCAACAGUUCUUUACCCUGAGGUUGGUGGUUCUACACUGGACUCCCACCAUUCCUACGUUGUUGAGUAUGAUGAAACUGAUCCUGCUAGAGGUUUGCAUGUGGAUGAUAGUGAGGUGACACUCAAUAUCUGCCUUGGCAAGCACUUCACUGGUGCUGACAUGUACUUCCGUGGUAUACGUUGUGGGAAUCAUAUUAAUUCAGGAAUGCAUGAUGAGGAGCAUUUUGUGCAUCCCAAUGUGCCCGGACAAGUUAUGCUGCAUCAUGGUAGCCACAGACAUGGUGUCUUUCCAGUAACAUCUGGACAGAGGGUUAACAUGGUCAUGUGGUGCAGAAGCUCACUGUUCAGGGACAUGAAGAAAUGCAUGAAUGAUUUUUCUGGGUUUUGUGGUGAGUGCCAGUUUGAAAGGACGGCAAGACAGGUGCAACAUCUUCAGGAAUUGACGGCUCGUAUCUCUAUCAAUGCACAGGAGGACGAGGCCCCUUAAUAUCUUUCUAACAGAGCCGGCCUGACUGUCACC